AUGGCCGACGUUGCAUCAGCCGAGCGAGGUCGUGGAGGUUUCGGACGAGGACGAGGCGGUGACCGUGGCGGUGAUCGCGGUGGUCGACGAGGUGAUCGAGGCCGUCGUGGAGACCGUGGCCGAGGUCGUGGACGUAAAGAUGAAGACGACAAGAAAUGGACUCCAGUCACCAAACUAGGUCGAUUGGUGGCUGAUGGUAAAAUCAAAAAGAUUGAAGAACUCUACCUCUUCUCUCUACCCAUCAAGGAAUACCAAAUUGUCGACUUCUUCUUGCCUAAACUCAAGGAAGAAGUUAUGAAGGUUAUGCCUGUACAAAAGCAAACCCGUGCUGGUCAAAGAACUCGAUUCAAGGCAUUCGUAGUCAUCGGUGACGGAGCAGGACACGUCGGUCUCGGUGUAAAAUGUUCCAAGGAAGUCGCAAAUGCCAUCCGUGGUUCAAUCAUCUUGGCCAAACUAUCCGUCAUUCCAGUCCGUCGUGGUUACUGGGGUACCAUUCUAGGUGACCCACAUACAGUCCCUGCCAAAGUUACUGGUAAAUGUGGAUCAGUCGUUACUCGAUUGGUGCCUGCUCCUCGUGGUACUGGUAUUGUCGCUGCACCUGUGCCAAAGAAGCUGUUGCAGUUGGCUGGUGUUACGGAUUGUUAUACCCAAGCUAAGGGUAAAACCAACACCUUGGGUAACUUCGUCAAGGCUACCUUCAUGGCCAUCUCCAACACGUACUCCUUCUUGACUCCAGACUUGUGGGGUGAAACCUUCUUCACCAAGAGUCCAUUCCAAGAAUAUACUGAUUUCCUCCAGAAAUCAUCAAAGAAAUAUUAA